CUCGUCUCCUCUCCCGCCCACUCUAGCUUGCCUCCGUCUCCGCGUGCAUUGGCGCUCGUCGCUUGAGCGGUUGGCGGCUCGAAAGGCGGUCGUGCAGCGCCAGUCCUGACUCCAUGCAUGCACAAGUUCUGAGACCGAACGUUGUGAGAUGAUCCAUUUUGCGACUUUGCUGGCCGCCCUGUGCAGCGUUUCCGCAUUGCAGCACGAGGAGGCGCGUGCCGACGCUGAGCAGCAGGGCGGCCUUUAUCAGCGGCCGCAGCAGCAGACACUGCUGCAGCAGACUCAGCAGCAGCUCCAGCAGCUGCAGGAGCAGCAGGAUCUGCUCCUCGAGCAGCAGCAGCAGCUCCUGCAGAGGCAGCGACUGCACCGCCACGGCCAGCCGCAGCUGGCGAGUUCGCGGCCAUCGACGCAGCAGCGGGCCGCGCGGCUGGACGGUCAGGCGCCUGGACAUCCCCAGCCGCGCCGCGCCUCCGCCCCCCUGCAGAUGCUGCAGCAGGGCCCAGCGGCGCAGUCUGGCGAGGAGGCCGAGCAGACCCUACCCCCUCCGGCCGCGGGCGCCGGCGAACCGCCGCAGCUGGAGCAGGCGGCCGCCACUGUGCAGGAGCCCAUGGGCAUGUACAACCUGCGGCUGUGUAACGCCUACGCGUGGCCCGCGCCCGUCACGAUGAGCCGCGUGCAGGAGCCGAAGUUGCUGGAGUACCCGCUGGCCUAUAAGGAGUGCCACGAGUACCUGCUGCCGCUUCGCGAGGGCGACGAGCUCCAGUUCCGCGCGGGAGACGUGAGCAUCGGCACGUUCUCCGUCCGAGGGCUCCCCGAGGAUGGGGACCCGCACAGCCUGCUCAUGCUGAUCCCGCACCGCCGGGACGAGGUCUCGGCUGCGGUGGCCUUCGACUCCCACAUAUUCCACGGGGGAAGCGGCGCGCAGGUGGCCGUCAUCGACGCUUACCGCGGGCCCGAGCAGUCCACCUUGCUGAUCGACGAGCCGGCCCACGAGAAGGAGGACCUCGAGGAUCAGAAAAGCUUCGGCUCCGUGGUGGCCAUGGCGCCAGGCAGCUACCGGCUCAGCCUCGGGGGCUGGGGCUUGCCGAACGCCCGCCGCAAGGCGGGCGCCUCUGCGCAGCUUCACGCCCAGGAGAAGGGGAGCUACGUCGUCCUGCGCGUGGGCGCGGCGAGGAGCAACUUGGGCAUCGAGGCGUACCCAGAGGAGAGCUCGUCGUGUUCCCGUCGGCGCAGACGAGCAGUGCCCAGCGCGCGGCGGGCUCCGUUGCGGCCCUGUUGCUCCUGAGCUGCCUGGCCGCGGCGUGAGGCUUCGGCCCCUGGAGGAGGAGGAGGG